UCUUUGUGGUAAUCACCUUCUCUUUUUGAGUGAAGACAUCAUCAUCUGUGCUCCAACUAGAACCUCACAUCAUCAUGUCUGCUUCAACUAGAACCUCACAUGCUAAGUUUUCUACAGUGCGAUCUUCUGCUGGUGACACCGUCAAUCUACACUGUAAACUCUCUGAUAAAAUCAGCAAAGUUACCAGCGAGAUCAGGUGGUUUAAGGGGACAGAAUGUAUUCACCAGGAGGCCUACGGUGAGGGAGGGACACUCAUGAAGGGGGAUAUGUGGGUAAGAUAUGGGAGAUAUGUCUCUCUGACACUGAGAGAUGUUAAGGUCACAGAUUCUGGACAGUACAGGUGUGAAGCUCAUGGAGAGAGGAAAGAAGAAGUUGCCAUUAUUUAUUUGCAUGUUGCAGGGUUUAACCUGAUCUCCACGUCUGAUUAUUAUACCCUGUCCCAACUGAUUCUUGGUGAUGAUGUUACUCUGUCUUGUCACCUCUCUCCUAAAAUAAGUGCUGUUGCCAUGGAGAUCAGGUGGUUUAAGGGGACAGACUGUAUUUGUCUGUACCAGAACAGGCAGGUGAAAGAGGGGAAGGGCUACGAGGGCAGAGUGAGUCUGUUCACCCACGAGCUGGAGGAAGGAAACGUGUCUCUGAUGCUGAGGAAUGUUCAGGAGUCUGAUAGUGGAGAGUACAAAUGUAAAGUUGCCCAUGGAAGAGACAAGGUGGCAAGUGAUCAAGAUCGCUUGCAAGUGUCAGAGUUGAAACUGGUCAAAAAUCCAUUCUGGAUGCCUAAAACAUCUGUUGCCAAACCUUACACCAUUUAUGCCUGGUCUAGUGAUGAUGCUACUCUACCCUGUUACCUGUCUCCUAAAAGAAAUGCUGUUGCCAUGAUGAUUAGGUGGUUUAAGGGGACAGAUUGUAUUUGUCUGUACCAGAAUGGGCAGGUGAAAGAGGGAAAGGGCUAUGAGGGAAGAGUGAGUCUGCUCACCCAUGAGCUGGAGAAAGGAAACGUGUCUCUGACGCUGAGAAGUGUUCAGAAGUCUGAUGUUGGAGAUUACAAGUGUGAAGCAAUUCAUCGGGAAUGCAAGGUUGAAAACAAUGGUGUCUUCCUACAAAAUGCAGGUAAUUAA